ACCGAGUUCUGUCUUCUCAUUUCUUUCCGUUGUACCUAAGAACAAAAAACAACCCCGUCUCUCUCCCAUUCUCAUCAUCUCUCUGUUUCUCUCUCUGUCUCUCUCUCUGUCCUCAGCGUCAGGCCGAGCGUGACCUCUGGCUUUCAUUACUCUCUAUUUCUCUCUCUAAAAUUGUCUCUUUCUCUCUCUACACAUCAAAAGCAAACAUCAAUUACCAUGUCUCCAUUGUUCCCUUCCCAAUUCUCACAAAUGUCUGUACCCUGUGUAUCUCUCAAUUCCCUCACUCGUAUUUGCAGCUUUUGACUCUCUCACAGCAGACAAUAAAGCCUUUAUUCUCUCUUAUUGAUUGUCAUCUUCUCUUUCCUUUGUGUUUGUGUGUGUGUUUCAUUUCAUUCAUCAAAACUAUAAAGAUCACACAUGGAUACAAGCUGGGAUAGAUCACUCAGAGACGAUCAAUUUCAAUAUCAAUAUCAAUAUAGACGACAAAGAGACAACAACAACAAUAACAACAACAAUCCAUCUUUCUCAUCCACUCUUCUCGACGCCAUCUAUCGCUCCAUUGACGAAGGCAGCGGAGGAGGAGGAGGAGGAGGAGGUGGACGCGGACGCGGAGGAGACGAGUUUGUUCUCUACAGAGAAACAAUGAGGAAGAAAAGCAGUAAUUGUCAUGGCGGUGGUUUUGAAGACGAUGUAGACACGGCGAAUCUCCGGCGAGCCUGCAUAAUCGAGAAGUGGAUGGAAAAAAAGGUGAGCGAGAAGAUCGUUCUCCGCCGUAAAUCCGUGGCUGAUUUCGAAACGAAAUCGCGGACUCGGCCGAAUCGCGACGAAUCCGUGUUCCUGAAAUCGAGCUCAAGCUCCUCCGAUUCGAGCUCCGGAGGCGGAUUUUCGUCCUCCGAAGCCGAGUCUGUUCAUGGAGUUCCGUGUAGGUCUUCUUCAACUUUCACUUCACACAGGCCGAAACCUAUUCGGACAAGCAUUUCGGCUCCACCAGAGAAAUUCAACAAACAAGGAAGUAGUAGUAGUGGUGAAUUCAAGGUGUUUGAUAAUUCGAAAAAUCAAAAGCCGAAACACGAAAACAGUUUCGUGAAGACGAAAUCGAAAGCAAUGAAGAUCUACGGCGACCUCAAGAAGGCGAAGCAGCCGAUCUCUCCCGGAGGCAAACUCUCGAACUUUCUCAACUCUCUAUUCACUGCAGGGAGUCCUAAAAAGGCGAAGAUUUCAUCGUCGUCCAACACCGGAAGUUACAAUGACACGAGUUCUGAUUGUAAAUCGAAAUCAUCAACAUAUGCAUCUGCAUGUUCAUCGGCUUCUUCGUUUUCCCGAUCAUGUUUGAGCAAAACUCCAUCUUCAAGAGGAAAAUUGAGCAAUGGAGUGAAGAGAUCAGUCACAUUCUAUCCUGUGAGUGUGAUUGUGGAUGAAGACUGUCAACCGUGCGGAGAAAAAUCGUUGAACAAAGAUGAUCCGAACAGCGCACAGAGAAACUCCAUUAAUGAAGAACUUAAGCUUCGUAUCAUGGAGAAGAAUCGCCGAGUCGAGGAAGUGGCCAGAGAUUUGUUGAAGAAUUAUCAGAACAAAGUUCAAUACGACGAAGAUCAGUUUGACAAUGACGAUGAUGAUGAAGAUGACGAUGCUGCUAGUUACGCUAGCUCUGAUCUUUUCGAACUUGACAAUCUCUCGGCCAUUGGUAUCGACAGGUACCGAGAAGAGUUGCCUGUUUAUGAGACAACUCGUCUCGAUACCAAUCAAGCUAUCGCUAAUGGCUUGAUUUAAUUUCCUAAUUUCCAAAAAAAACAAUAUAUGUGUUUUUCUUUUUAGUAUUGGUUUGGGGGUUUACGUCGAGAGAAAUAAUAAUAAAAAAUUUCUCUUUUUAAUUUAAUUUAAGUUUUAUGAAUUUCUUUUUUGUUUAUGUGUUU